AUGGCAGAGAAGAAGCGUAAGGACAGGGUCGAAGCCAACCGCGGAAGAGUGAAGAAGUCGAAGAAGAACGGCAACAUUCAACGGAAGAAGACCGGUCCCCGGUUGCCUUCGUCGUUGCAAAGAGAGGUUGACCGUUUAAACCACACUACUGCAUUCGAUGGGGGCGAUGCUGACAUCAUGGAUUCCGACAACGACGUAUACGAGUACGAGGAAAAACAGGCCGAGGAGGAAUCAAGGAAGAAUAGGCGCUACGAUCCUUCGUCAGUAAAUAAUGACCUUUCUCAUGAAUUCGAGGAUGAGAAUGUGCAAUCUGAUGAUGAAGACGAUGAUGAUUAUGUUGGGACAAUGAGGAAUGAAAAUGCUCUGAAUGACGAUUCUGGAGAGGAAGAUGAUGGAAGACAUGCUAGGAUGUUACAAGGAAUUACUGGUAUGCCGAGUGAGGCUUUUGAAGAGAAUAAAAAGAAUAAGGAGAUGAUGCAUGCUGUUAUGUCAGAGCUGUAUCCAGAGUCUGAAUAUAAUCCUAGUCGUGAUGUUAUGGAUGGUGAUGGACACAUUAGCAUUGAGGAUCUUCUGAACCCUCUUCGUGAAAAUCCUGGUUAUGGAAAACUUAGGAAGAGAAUGCAACAAAUUGAAAAGCACGCUAGAACUGUUCAUGCACCACUUUCAAAGGCAGUUCAAGCGAAGGUAGAGAGGAAGGCGGCAUAUGAAAUAUCAAAGAAAGAUGUCACAAAGUGGCAGCACAUCAUUCAGAGAAAUAGAGAGGCACCAACUGUUUUCUUUGAUGAAAAUGUAGAUUUAGGGUUUUCAACCAUAGGAGCAAUAGCUUCCGAAUUUGAGCCAAGAACUGAAUUUGAGAGGAAAAUUGCUGCACUAGUGCAUGAUGACAAAGUUAUGGAAGCUCAUAAAAAGGAUGGUUCUAGACUUCUUGAAAUGAACAAGGUCACUAUUGAAGAUGAGAAGGAUAGGCAAAAUCGGAUUGCUAAAAUGCGGAGCCUUCUUUUUCGUCAUGAAAUGAAGGCAAAGCAUAUUAAAAAGAUCAAGUCCAGAACAUUUCAUCGUUUGUUGAAGAAAGAUAGAUUGAAGGCAGAGUCUUCUAGGAUUCAAAUGGACCCUGAAGCUGCUAAAGAAUUUGCCAUGAAACAAGAGCGCCAAAGGGCAGAGGAACGCAUGACUCUGAAACACAAAAAUCAGAAUCAAUGGGCUAAGCGUAUUUUACAACGUGGUUUAACUACCCAAGAUGAAGGAACUCGUGCUGCCAUAGCUGAACAACUUCAAAGGCAUGCUGAAUUGACUAGAAAAAUGCACUCAAUGAAGGGUAGUAGCAGCAGCAGUGAUGAUACCAGUGAUGAGGAUGAUGGAGUUGAGAACUCUGCCGGUUCUGAUCAGGAUAGGGAUUUCAAGCUUUUGGGAAAAGCAAAAGAGAAGACAAUGAAAGUAUUAGAGGAAGAGGACGAAGUUCCGACGUCAGGAUUGCUUUCUUUACCGUUUAUGAGGCGUGGAUUGGAGAAAAGAAAAGAAGCAGCAAUUGAAGAAGCCAACCUUGCUCUUCAAGAAUAUGAAGAUUCCUUGAGGAACCCAGACAAUUCUGGUGGCUCAGAAGAUCCAAAAGCUGCUUCUACCAGUGGCAGAAGAGUAUUUGGAGCAGCUAAAGCCCAAACAUCCAAUGCUUGUAAUAAGGUGAAAUCAGAUAAGUUUUAUGGUAGCAGUGAUAGUGAGGAUGACUUGGGUGCCAGCAAAAGUGGAAAUGUAGAGAAUGGGGAAAUUAACCUUUUGCAGAAGGAUAUGAAUGAUGAUUCGGUCAUAAUUCAAGAAGACACUGACACUAAUCAUGAAUCUGUUUUCAAGAGCUUUGAUGAGAUUGUUAAAAAUCCUGGGCCAAAAACUACAUAUGAAGUUUCUAUAUUUGCAUCAGAUACAUGGAAAAAGGCAAAAAACAGAAAUGAAAAAGACAUAAAUAUCAAGAAGUCUCCAAAGCUUACAAGGCCUGUUAAGCAAGAUAUAAAACAUACUGAAAAGGAUUUUGGAGAGGAUAGCGAUACAGAUAGUGAAGGACAGAUGGUGGAUGGAAUUCUGUCUUCUGUCUCUAAACAGUCUUAUGAACUUCCUUCUCAAGAGGAGCUCCUUCGGCAAGCUUUUGCUGGAGAUGAUGUAGAAGGUGAUUUUGAAAAGGAUAAGCAGGAGAUCCUAGACGAAGAAAAUCCUGAACCAGAAAAGCCUCUAUUAAUUCCUGGCUGGGGCCAAUGGACACAUAUCCAGCAGAAGAAAGGUUUACCAUCUUGGAUGCUGAAAAAACAUGAAGAUGCCCAGAUAAAAAGGGCAGAAGCUCUCAAAAGGAGGAAGGAUGCUCAGCUAAAAAAUGUGAUCAUCACUGAGAAGUUAGAUAAGAAGGCUCAGAAACUCCAUACAAAAGCGUUGCCUUACCCUUUUACCUCCAAGGAGGUCUUUGAACAGAGCAUGCGUGUGCCCAUUGGACCUGAAUUUAAUCCGGCAACUGCGAUUGGACCUCUUAACCGGCCUGAAGUGGUCAAGAGACCAGGUGUUAUUAUAAAACCAAUAGAGUUUAAGGAAGUGAAUCCUCAUGAAAAGCCAGAGCAACGGAGUGGAGAUAAUAAGCAAAGGUUGAAGAAAAAUAAAGACAAUGGUGGCAAAUCAAUGAAAAAGACGAAGGUUGAUGGAAAAAGUUAAUUGGCAUGAAAUUUUGGUCCUGACCCAGUUCUAGAUCUGUUUUCAGUCUUUGGGAAGACAAAUUAGUUAGCGAGAUUAUAAAGUCCAAAAUUAAAAGGAGAAAAGCAGAGAAUUUACUAGACGGGGAAGCUUAUGGCGUCCAGGAAAAAGAGAAGAUAGAAUGCAAGAAUGGCGGGGCGGAUUCCCUUAUGUAUUAAUAUUGAGACACCAUUUUUGCAUUGAUUUUUUUUUUGUUUUUUUUACUCCGAGGAAUUAUACAG